GGGUACCCCUAAAAAUAGUCGUCGUAUCUACAAUAGGUACAUCACUGUACAUCGUAAUGUAGCAGUCUGCCAAAACUGACAAGCCUGGAAGCUCUUCACAACUCCCAUUCGCUGUCUCUAUUGCCAGAGAUUAUCGCCAAUGCCAACUCACGACCCCGACAAUGGUCCGGACUCGCAAAGAAAGAAAGGCCGCCGCUGAGAUCAAGCUGGCUCAACCCGACCGAUCCGCCCCGUCCGACAAGACCUUGCUCGACAUAGCCCAGGAGCGCAAUCUUUUCGAUCUUGCCGACCAGCAUCCCGCGAAUCGAACCCGAAAUGCCUCCAAGACUGCCGACCGCGGCCAUGAUGGCGAGUUAUCACCUACUGCCGACCGGGUCCUAGAGACUUUUCUCUGGACCGUCAGCUUGGCGAUGCUACAUUUCACUUUCGAUGUCCUGGUGCAACACCAGUACGCCAUGGAGAUUGACUGGUUCCAGAUCGUAACACGCGCAGUCGUGGCCCUCGUCGUCUUCUAUGCCUUCUUCUAUGUUCUCCAUCCCCAUGCUUCGUCCCCUGUGCUGCUGCCUGGCCUCCCCCUGCGCUUCCAGGAGCCUCUUCGACAAGCUAUAUUCUUCGUAGCGAGCACCGCCUCCGGCUGCUACCUGAUCGACAUUUCCAAUAACUACGGGUACAUGUACAUUAUGAAGCGCUCCCCUCCCCUGGGCUGUCUUUGGAUCUGGUCCGUCAUUGAGCUCAACCUUCCCAUGGCUCUUCUCUCUCUGGCCAUUGCUGCCGGGUUCUUUUUCCAAGGUGAUUAUUCCUUACGAUUGUGAUCACGGGUAAUGCAGAUUAAGGGCUAUAUCGAUGCACUUUGUGAUGAAUCAGCGUCGCCGUCUACCUUCGUGAUGGAUGUCUUGAACUCUCAUAUCCCUACCAUUUCCUGUAUCCACGGGCUGGGGGGGACUUCGUUACAUGAUGACUAGAGUAACCCCCUAUGCUUCGUCUGCGAGUAGCUCCUCUGUCGAUAUAGCUUGGUCUGGUGGCCUUGCAACUGGCCUCCAACACUUG